GGGCAGAGAGCGUUAGGUGACAAGCGAGCGAGCAAGGAGCGUUGAUAGGAAGUGAGCGAGUAGAAUCUCCUAACCUAUUAAGAGGUUAAUGGAGAUCGACCCUAUGUACUUGACGGAUUCGACGUUACCCGAGGAUACACAAGUAAAUGACGACGAGGAUGGAGCAGCGGAUUUGGCGAACGAUGGCAUGGACAAGAGGGCGGCGCUCCUGCGAAGAGAACUAGAGAACAGCCGAAAAGAACAAGAGCUAGCAAGGAAGGAACUCGAACUAGCUAAACGUGAGAUUGAGUUAUUACAAAAUAUGCGGCAGAUAAGCGUCAAUAGCUGCAAUGAGACGUUAGAAGAAAAUCCACAAGUGAAUCCUAUAGCAGUAGUACGAGAAUCGAGGCUCACAAAUAAUGAUGAUCUGACGAAGGUUAUGAUGGGAUCGCGUCUUAAAGGAAAGGCAUUGGAAUGGCUGCAUUCAAGAUCAGAGUACAUUGCCAUGCCUGUGAACGAUCUUCUUGGGAAACUGAGAGAAAUGUUUUAUCAUCGACCCAGUAAGAUUCUAACGAGGAGACAAUUCGAACAACGAACGUGGAAGCGGGAGGAAACGUUCAGUUCUUACUUACACGAUAAAGUAAUCUUGGCGGAUCGUGUUCCGAUCGAGGACGACGAGAUCAUCGAAUAUAUCAUUGAAGGUAUCCCCGACCAAAUGCUGAGGAACCAGGCACGAGUGCAACGGCUGAAGUCGCAGGAAAGCUUACUGGAAGCAUUCGACAAGGUAUCGCUACGUGGGAGAGGUCAUCAUACUGGUACGUAUCCAAAGAACGAAGAGAAGUUGAAGCAGCAGAAGACUGGUAAGAAGACAGGAAAAGGCGAAGCAGCAAAGAUUACUAAGCGUUGUCAUAAUUGCGGGUUACUGACUCACUAUGCGACAGAUUGCCCAAUGAAAAGUAAGGGCCGAAAAUGUUUUAAAUGUCAGGAAUUCGGUCAUAUCGCGGCAGAAUGUAAAAAAAAAUGAGGUAGUAAAAGAGAGUUGCAAUGUUUCUAAAACUACGAACGGAAAAUAUAAUAAAGGAGUGAAAAUAAAUAAUGAAAAUCUUACGGCCUUAAUAGAUACAAGGAGCGAUCUGUCGUUGAUGCGGGCGGAACGAUAUAUUAAAUUAGGAUCACCUAAGUUAGUUAAAAAAGAAAUUAUAUAAAUUUCGAAAAAUUGGGUCACAAAAUAAUACAACACUAGGAGAGUUCGAUGCAAUUAUUGAAAUUGAUAAUAAUCAUUUUCCGAUCACAAUACAUGUAAUUUCAGACACUUUUAUGCAAUAUGAAUUAUUAAUAGGAACAGACUUGCUAAGUAAAGUCGAGAUAAAUAUAAAAGAAGGGAAGAUAGCAGUUACGAAGCUACAAGUUAGUAUACCGAAUGAAAACUCGUUACCGGAAAUACAAUAUAUAUAUAUAUAAGAUAGAUUAUACAGGGUGUCCUGAAAUUCGCGAAUCAAAAUACCAUAG